AUGAAGCUAUCCCUCGCCGCCCUCCUCUCCACUACAGCAAUUGCAACCGCCGCUGCUCGCGCGCACGUAUCUCGCUGCACGCAGAACGAUACGCUCGGCCUCCUCUCUCUACACGAGGGCCUCGUCUCGAUCCCCUCCCUCACCGGUAACGAGUCCGCCGUGACCACCUACCUAGCCUCCUACCUCUCGUCCCACAACUUCACCGUCGAGCUCCAGCAGGUCGCCGACGGCCGCAAUAACAUCUACGCCUACACCGGCAGCUCCCGGGAUGCCCGCGCGUUGCUCACAUCCCACAUGGACACCGUGGGCCCGUACAUCCCGUACGGGAUCACAGCCAACGGGACCAUCACGGGGCGGGGGUCGAACGACGCGAAAGGCUCCAUUGCGGCGCAGGUCGUGGCGCUGCAGCAGUUGCUUGCCGAUGGGUCUGUGGACGACGGGGACGUGGCAAUGCUGUUUGUGGUUGGUGAGGAGGUCGACGGCGCGGGUAUGAAGGCUGCGAACGACCUUGGCCUGUCGUGGGAGGCGGUCGUCUUUGGGGAGCCGACGGAGCUGAAGCUGGCGGUGGGGCAUAAGGGUGCGCUUGCGGUCAAGCUCGAGGCGUUUGGAAAGGCCGCGCAUAGUGGGUAUCCGCAGCUGGGGGUGGACGCGAAUAAGGCGCUGGUGACGGCGUUGUAUGGACUGGAUGGGGUGGAGCUGCCCGGGAGCGCGCUGCUGGGGAACUCGACGCUGAAUUAUGGGUUGGUGAGGGGCGGGGCGGCGGCGAAUGUGGUGAGCCCGUAUGCGAACGCGUCGAUUGCGGUGAGGCUGGCGGUGGAUGCGGAGACGAUCAAGGGGCAGCUGGAUGGGUAUUUUGGGGGUGUUAGUGGGGUGUCGUGGAGUUAUUUGGGGUUCUUUUAUGAUCCGGUGGUUUUGGAUUCGGAUGUUGAGGGUUUUGAGAAAGCGGUAAUGUCGUAUGGCACUGAUAUCCCGCACUUGAAGGGGGACCAUAAAAAGUACCUUUAUGGGCCUGGAUCCAUUACGACUGCGCAUAGUGAUCAUGAGUUUGUGAUGGUUUCGGAUCUGGAGGAGGCGGUGGAGGGAUACAAGAAGUUGGUGCUCCAUGCACUCAAUUAA